GUGGUGUUCCAAUAAUGGUCGCACUGAAAUAUUAGUCGUAAAUUAUAUUUUUGCUUUAAAAUACAUUUGUGGUACGUCGUCAGCCAACGAAAAAUAUUGAACCAGCUAAAGAUCGAAGUCAAACCAUGACAGAUUCAAUGAAAUUUGGGCCAGAAUGGUUGCGCAAUAUGUCAGCUGAGCCUUCCGGCGGCUCCACAAGCACCACAUACAGCGUAAAUGCUGCUGGCGGUGUCAAUGCUGCGACAUCUGCCUCAGCUUCGCGUAAUUUCUUGUUUCCUGAAUACCGUUAUGGCCGCGAGGAGAUGUUGUCCCUUUUUGAUCGCAACUGUUUGUUGCCGCAAAUUUUGCCAUCAUUUAAAAAGUUGUUUGUGGAAAAAGUACAAUAUCCAUUAGCAUUAACGCCGAGCUCUGAAGAGGAUAAUAAUCCAAAUCCUAUAGGAAAUAGCGCGCGACCUGCUUGGUUGCAGCGUUCCUCAGGAGGCUUUGGCUCUUCCUCGCGUGGAACUGGACGCGGUGGAGCCGUUGAUCGAGGCCGAAUGAGGGGUAAAUCUGUAUAUCAUCCAAUAUAUCAACGUCCCAGUGGGAUUUUCGAUGAAAAUUCGACAGCAACUUCUGCAAUGAAUAUCAAGCAGCCCGUCGAACGUAAUUGGAUUGAUCGGAAUGGAACUGGGGAUUCGGCGAUAUCCAAUAACACCUCGACAACAACAAUGAGUGGUGGAGGAGGAGGCGGUGGUGGCAUUCUAGACUGGAAUGGUACGCCAAGCUCGAGUCCGCGAAAGGAGUUUGCCAGUCAUCAUCGCAACAGCAACAUGGAAAACUGGCGACGAACUCGAAAUGAAGAUGGUUCCGGGGAUGGUCCAGUAGUGACUGGCAGUGGUUCAGAUAUGGCCACCGGGUGGCGAAGCGGCGGCGGUGCAAAUUCUAAUAAUAGUUUUGGUACAAACAGUCAUCGAUGGGGAAGAUCAACAAGUUGGCGUGACGAUGACUCCAAUGUCGAUAGUCAACAGACAAAUGUUAUGAUGCAUCGUUCCAUUUCCUCUGCGGGCACUUUAAGCAUUGAUCGUGAAAGGAAACAAUCGGGAAUGGGAACGGUUCACACUUCUGCCCGCGUUUCAACAUCCUGCGUGAAGAGCGCUCAAAUGUGGCCUGGUGUUGAGGCAGCCGUAAAUGAAGAUAAUUUACCGGAAUGGGCAAUGGAAAAUCCAUCUGAAGUCGGUGGGAGCUUUGACGCCAGCGGUGCUUUCCAUGGAACUGAUCAUGAUAAUAAGGAUAAACCGAUAAAAAAUGCAUUAGAAAAGACUGAUGCUAAAAUAGAAACGAAAAUUAUAAAAGAUCAAAGUAGUGAAAAUGAAAAUGAAAAAAUUCACGAAAACUGCUCUAAUGAUGCACAAUUAAAUACGACCAAUAAAGACAACUGUGAUGUAACUGCAAUAGAUUCAAAAACUACGCACGGUACAGACAUUUCUGAUAGAAUCAAGGAAGUAGCUGUUGAAGUUGAGAAAUUGAUAAUGGAUGAUGAUAACAAUCUAAGCUCUAGCAACAGUCAGAGAUUUGCAGCUGCUGACCUUAUAAUGGAAUCAAAUGCAAUUAAUGAAAGUGCAACAUCAGGCGAGGAAUUGGCUGCUCCAUCUUUACUUCAAAAUGCUCCGUUUGCCGAUCCGAUUCAUUUAAGUCAUCUGCAACGUCACCAGCCGCAACAAUUACAUCAGCAGCAACAGCAGCCAGCGCCGCAACAUUUCUCUCUCCUUUCGCCUGGACCAUCAUUACAUCAACAUCAUUCGCAUUUGAUGAAUUCCUUGAAUUCGAACAUUAACGAUUUGUGGUUCUAUCGCGACCCACAAACGAACGUCCAGGGACCGUUUAGCCCUUUAGAAAUGACAGAGUGGUAUCGUGCAGGUUAUUUUAAUGAGAAUUUAUUCGUUCGUCGCUUUGCGGACAAUCGUUUUCGUCCGUUGGGCGAACUUAUAAAAUUUUGCCAUGGAAAUAUGCCUUUUACGCACAGCCACCUAUUGCCAUCACCGUUAGAAUUGGAAAUGGAAAUAGGUGAUCAAAAGCCGUUACUGGAAGGAGGAGGCCUGCGAGGUGGAAAUCAGCAGCAGUUACUGGAAAGGGGUAGUCUUCCUGUUGGAAAUCACCAGGAGCGUUUACUAGAGGGAGGAGUUCAGCAACAGUUACUUCCAACAGCCGCUACGCUUCCAACUGUUGCACUGUCAACCGCUGCACUGCCCAUAAUUCCCUUGCUUUCACGUAAACAUCCAAAUGAUGAGCCCCUUAAAGCCAAUGCAACGGCCGCCGCUGAAGCUCUUACCUUGGCCAUUAAGGGAAAUUUAAUGGGUAAUACAUCACAAUUGCUAUCGAUGCGGUUCCAAAUGCUGCAAGAUCAAUAUGUUCAGCAUCAAGAAUACCAAAUACUUGCGGAAUUGACGAAAAACGAUUGUUUCCAGCGGCUUUCGGCUAUUGAACGUGAAGCUAUAGUACGCCGAAAAGUACAAUUAAUUGCUCUUCCCGAUUAUUUAACUAGUUUAAAUGGCUUAGGUAACACUUUGUCCGUCAUAAAUCCAAUGGCAGGUAGAGAACUAUUUAAUUUGGUGGCAGAGCAGAGUAAAAAGGAUCAACAUAGUGUUCAACAACGGUCAAUAGUUGGUAAUAAUCUAUUAGAUGCUAAUAACUUUAUAUUGAAUGCACAACUAAUGCAACAACAGCAGCAGCAGCAGUUAAUAACCCCCAAACCUGAAGACUUGCCGCCAAGAAAUGAUUUGGAUUUGUUAAAUGAGUAUAAUUUGCGAAUGUUAUUACGUGGCAACGGUCAGCAGCCAACAGUUGCAGCAGAAUCUCCUCAGCAACUUCAUUCUUCGGUGGAAGAAACACAAAUGUUAACUGCUCAAAACUUAAUGAUACCCAUGUGGCUGCCUCCCCAGUCAGUGAAGCCUACAAACACCUCUUCGCAAUGGCCAAAAGGAACGCUAUGGGAUGUGGCUACUUUGGAAGAGGAACAGAGUCAACAGCAGCAGCAACUAAUGAUGCAAAAAGAGCAGCAACAACCAAGUAGUAGUUUUGUGGACAAAAAACUUCCUGAGGAAGACCUGAAGAAUGAACAGAGAUCCUUGGAAGAACCCCAGGAACCCCACGUUGUAACAGAUGUACAUCACGAAGAUGUAAUUAAAUCAUUGAAUGAACCAUAUAAAACAAAGGAGUAUAAGCCAUCAACUAAUAACAAAUUAAAUUCAAAUAUCAGACAACAACAAAAGCAAGUCAACGAUGAGGAUCAACGACGAAGAGAGCAGACAGAGGAAAAGCGACGCCAAAAAGAGGAGCGUAAGCGACAACAACUAGAAGAGGAAAAGCGUAGGGCCCUUCAAGAUGCGGAAGAAAGAGCCCGACAAGUGCAAGAGGAAAAGGAGAGACAACAACAAAUACAAGCCCAACGUCGUAAAGCUCUGUUAGGUAGCAAUAACAAUGCUCAACCUCAAUCUACGAAGGAUUUAUGCUUAAAAACCACCGGAGACCAGUCACAAGAGCCACAGAGAUCCUCUGUCCGUUUACCAGCCACAUCCUUAGCGCCUUGGUCACUCGCGCGAUCAUCGAAUUCUAAUAGCACCGUUGCCCCCGGUCUGGCUGAGAUCCAAAAAGCAGAGCGUCGCGAGCGCCGGGCUGACCAACAGCGUCAUCAGGAGCAACUUGACAAGCGAUCCCGUGCCAAUGCAGCAGCUCAAGCUGAAGCCAACGAUGUUCUCCUUAAAUGGCAAUCGGUGGCAUCAACUCCCAUGCCAGUUAUGAGUCUAGCGGAGAUUCAAGCGGAAGAAGCCAAGCGAUUAACGAGUGAGCUUCGAAGGGAUAUAGAGCUUCAGCAGCAUCUUGGUACUGGAUCAUUACCGGGAGGAGCAUCUUCAGCAGCGUCCGGAGGAGGAGGCUCCACGAUGUCCAACAUUUGGGGUAAUGUCAAUAAGGCAUGGAGUGGUGCCUCUCCACUGACUCUUUCUGGUUCUUCUGGUUUAUGGGAUGAGACAUUAGGUAAUCAUCAUCAGAAUUCAUAUUAUGGAGGAGGAGGAGCUUCUUCCACUGCAGCGUCCACCGCCCCCAGGUCUUCGUCAAUUCUACAGACACAGAAUAGAUCUAACACGAACCCCCAAACAUCGCCACGAAAUCUCCGAAAAUGUCAAACAUUGCCUGCUAUUAAACCACAAAAUCAAUCCGAGAAAGUGAAACCAAAUAAGAAAACAGUUGCAGCUUCAACUGAGGAAAAGGAUAAAGAUCGAAAGCCACAAUUCAAGGGGCAAGCAGAUCCCUCAGUAAGCAAGGUUCAUGAGUAUGAAAAUGAGUUUACCAACUGGUGUAUUAAGAGCUUGGACAAUAUGUCUGCCAAAGUUGAUGUACCAACAUUUGUGGCCUUCUUGCAGGACUUGGAGGCGCCAUAUGAGGUUAAGGACUAUGUCCGCAUAUAUCUUGGUGAAGGAAAAGAUUCAAUGGAUUUUGCCAAACAGUUUUUAGAACGUCGCAGCAAAUACAAGAGCUUACAGCGGGCACAAAAUGCACACAACGAUGACAUGUGCAAGCCAGCGCCGGCUAUAACUCCAUCUUCAAAUGAUAAUACUGAUAAUAAGAACAAACAGAAGAAAAUCAAGAAGAACAAAAUGACGAGAAUGGAUGCUCGGAGCAUUCUUGGAUUUUCAGUUACAGCCGCCGAAGGUCGUAUUAAUGUCGGCGUUCGAGAUUAUGUUGAUGGACCAUAACCUACAAUUUUAUAUAUAAAGUUACAAUUACAAAGGUCGUAUGAUUAAAAAAUAUUUAAAUUUGAAACAAUAAACCACGUUAAAUAUCAUA